UGUAUUAUCGUAGCAAUGAAGGUAAUUGAGUCACUAUAUCUGACUCCAAGUUUCAUUCUUUCAGGUGUUACAAAGUCCCCGCGUGUGCGGAGGUCGGUGAGUGAGGAGGGAAUAGAUGAGAUUCCAGAUUCCUCCGGGAAGAAGCGUAGGAAACCCAAGCCCAGACCUGAGGGGGAAGGGGAAGGUAGUGCAGAAGGGGAAGGGGAGGGAGGUGAGAAGGCCAGACCCCCACGCCCCCAGCCUGGGAAGAAAAAGAAGAAGAAAAAUGCCAGGACUGCCCUGAAUUCAGCCGAUGAGGCCUACCAAGCAGAUGGAGAAGUUUCAGUAGACUUCAUGGUAGCAGAUGAGGACAUCAUCGUUGGUGACAAGACGACAGAUGUGCAGAAACCACACAAGGUCUCCUCCAUGACCAGUCAGCCUGUAGGACCACUCUUUGUGGAAACCAAAAGUGGUUUCCGGGUGGAGCAGCGGCGCCGGUUGUCACGGUUACAGGAGACGGACGAGGAAUAUGCCGAGCAGAACAAGGCUGACAGGACUACAGGGGAACUGGCACUGUCGACUCAUCGAGGGUUCAAGAAGUUUGCGCUGUUCUGCCACGGGAUCCUAGCCGGGUACUCGCUGUGGCACUGCAUCGUGGUCUUCCUGCUGACGGAGAAGGGAGACCUGAACUUCCUCCAGCAGUACAGCCGGCUGGCUCCAUCAUCUUCAGUGUGAGUAUAGCCAGUAUAGAUGACAGAAUAGGGCUUUUUGUGGACGCAGCUCCCACCAUCAUGCCGUCAGACGUCAGUACAGCUACCGUGGCAACCACCAAUCAGAACCUCUGGACGGAUUCAGAUGCUGCCAACAGACUGUACAUCUGGAGGAUCAUCAACACCAUGAGGGUGGGAGGGGCUAUCCUGGGCUGGCUCAUCGUGGCACUCAAUCCAACAGUAGACCACACCUCAGAGCAUCUGUAUGACCCAGAGGACUCACUUGUUGCAACUGAGAUGGUUCCCAGGAAUCCUGUCGCCUAGCAGUGCUGAAUGGAACUGCAGCUUAUUUCUCAAGACUUCAUAACAUCAAACUUUUCUUUUAAGACUGUAUCUUUAGUCAUACCUUAAGUUUUUCUUACCAAGCUUUUCAAGUCACUUUUUUGCAUUGCAAUGUACUUGUAGAUAAUGUACAUAGAGUUUCAUCUAUAUUUAACGGUUUUGCAAUUAAAAAUGUCUAUUUUGUAUGUGCCAACCUACAUAGUGUACAGUUUGUUUCUAAUGCCACUUUUGUAGUUUUUAUAUAUUCAUGAAUAAAGAGUUCCAUGACCU